UCCAGUGCUGUACAAUUUCAGAAUUAGGAAUAAUAACAAGAAUCCAGCACACAUUGUUUUUGCAAAGAAAAAUUAAUUUAUUUGUGGCCGUACAGCAUGGAGGUGUGCGGCAGCGUAUUGACCAACUCCAGCUACAAGCAGUUCCGACUGAAAUGCCUAUACUGUACAAUAGAGAGCGAGCUGAAGGACUGGGAGGCGUUUAUCAUUCAUGUGCAGACGGCCCAUUUCUGCGAGGAGGAGGAUGACUGCAAUGGCACCGUCGACGCCAACGGCGAUGGCGACGGCAAAGACGCUUUCAGUGUCUCGCAAGACUUCUGCUUUCCCUCUGAUUCCGAGGAUCAGGCCAUCGUCUAUGAACCGGACGAGCUGUUCGAUGUAAUCGAGACCGUUGAGGAGGUGGGCGAGGACCAGUGGAUGGUAACAGAUGACCAGAAACCGGAGUUUGAAAAUAUGAGUGAUAACUUCAAUUGGCCAGAUGCUUCAAACGAUUCCCAGGAUAAAGUCAAACCCGAUACACCAGAGGCAGUUAACGAUACUGCCUCAACCCUCUCUCCUAAGAAUGUUCAACAUCAAGAUGAAAUGAUUAUUUAUGCUAGUGAUUCAUCAUUGUCCGGCAACGAGCUGGUAGAUAUCCCCAAAAGGCCAGGUCGACCGCCGAUACGAAAAAGACCCGGUCAGGUUUUUAAGUUCAAGGUAUCCUUUAUUCGAAGCAAUCCACGGGUAUUGCACCUAAUACAAGCGUACAAGGAUCAUCCUUGCCUGUGGAAUCCAUCAGAUGAGCAUUACAACAACGCAACUGUGCGUUCCAAGGCCUACGAAACUAUCAUGAAAUACAUGAACAGCCGGGCCAAUGUGCUCUUCACCGUAGACCAGCUAAAGAAAACCAUCCAGGAUCUCCACAUACAGUACACGAUGGCUUGUCAGGCGAAGGAGAAUGGGAAGUUGGUUGGACUGGCAGCCCGCUACAUGGCCAAAAGCGAGUACCUUGCCGUCUCACCAAAAGUUCUACCAAAGGAGGAAGUAGAGAACAACGAUUUAAAUGUAAUUAAGCUCAACUUCAAGAGGGAAAACGUGAUGACUACCGCAUUUAUAGAGACUUAUGCCAACUAUCCGCAGCUGUACAACCCCUCGAGUCCAGAAUUCGGUUUCGUGGAAACGAGGGCAGAGGCCUACAGGCAGAUGGCUCUAGAAUUUCUACCAGUGGCAAAGGUAAAUGAAACAGAGAUAUAUAUUGCCGUCAAUAGGCUGCGGCGCUGGGUUUACGAUGCCAUGCGUCGACUAAAGUCUAAGGAACUGAUCCAGAAGUGCACUCGUCAGGAGGUGGAGUACCUCCAAAUGUGCAACUUCCUUCCCUCCAAGGGCUCGGAGAGUACGGUUCUCUUCUGUGAGCAUUGCGAUAAGCGCUUUCACGGCGAUUACAACCUGCUGGUGCACAUGUUCAAGGCUCACGCCGUGGGCGAGUUGCCCUACCUGUGCUCCCUCUGUCCGCGGCGCUUUGACCGGCAGGUGGACAUGGAGCGCCACAAGCUGCGCUCACACUUUGAACGAAAGCUCAAGUGCAAGUUCUGCGACAAGGCCUUUGCCGUCGAAAACGACCUGAGAGUUCACACGCUCAUCCAUACGGGCGAGAAGCCGCACACUUGCAGCAUUUGUGGCAAGCAUUUCCGGCUAAAAUUACUCCUUGACCAUCACAUCAACGGCUACCAUUUGAACCUGAGGCCCUUCCACUGCGAGUUGUGCAACAAGAGUUUCCGCAAAAAGUUCGAACUAAACAACCACAUCAAGGGACAUUUGAACAUUCGUGAUAAAAAGUGUGAUCAAUGCGACGCUUCGUUCUAUGAUCACUCUUCAUUGUCCAGACAUCGCAGGACCCAUAAGCUAUCAUAAUAUUUUCAGGUUUAUGUAUCGUUAAGUAAUUGUACAUUGGUUUAUUUUAUUUCAAAAACAAAAAAUAAACUUUGGAACGUAA